UCAUUUGACGCUUGGAAUAAAAAAAACAUUCCGGUAAUUACGGAUUCUUAGCACGAUUAUUAUUGUACAUGAUCGUCUAAAGUACGUUGUGGUGGUAAAUGACAAAGUAUCAAAAAUCUCGACUCAACGACAUUCUAUAGUAUAAACAUUUUGUAAGAGACUUUCUUAAACACACUUGUAGAGUGAUUAUCUAACAGAAUAUAAUAGAAUAGGGAAAGAAUUUUGAUGGCAGCCUUGAAGUUAUAUUUAUUCAAAUAACAAAAUUUGUUGUAAUUAACUUUUUCUAUUAGUGUGGAGAAUGCAUUAGAGACGUAUGCGUAGGAGACGUAAUAAAGAAUUUGGUAAUUAUUUACAAGUAAUGUCACUUCAUUUAUUUCGACGAUUUUUUAAUAUAUUGCAGAAAUCAAUAUUUUGAACAACGUUUUUUCCUUUUGUUUGUAAUUUAUAAGUUUGGGUUAGGCGUUAUUUUAUUCGGUCCGCUCGCUGUCGAACGGCUAACAACCAAUAUUUUAAAGCGUACGUUGUCACGAACGUGCAAAUAUGAGCAAAAUUCUUUGUAGUGAUACCGAGAGCUUAUGGGAAUAUCUCGAAAAUUAAAAGAGUCCAGCAAUAAUAUGCAAGGGAAAAAGUUGUUCAAGAUAUUGAUUUCUACAACAUAUUAAAAAAUCAUCGAAAUCGGUCAGGUGGCAGUACAUGUGAAUAAUUAUCAAGAAUUUUUUUUAUAGAAGAUAAAUAAAUACAUAUGUAUUUUACUGUGUACAAGAUGAUUAUCGCUCUGGGAAUUUUAAGAUUUGCAAAAUACUGUUACCAACGUGUAGAAGUCAAUGUUAGACAUUGAUCUUGCCACUGGCCCACGUAACACAAUACUUUAUGGGCAGAAAACUGCUAAAAAAGAGGAAGAGAGAAAAGACGAAGAAUUCAAAUGCCCCGAAGGUCAAGGCAAUGGUAAUUUUGCAGAUCCAGCUACAUGCAGAAGAUUUUAUCAGUGCGUCGACGGCUAUCCGUAUCUAAACAGGUGUCCGUCGGGGCUACAUUUCGAUGAUAUUAGUAAAUUUUGUACUUUUAAAAAUGAAGCACGUUGCGGACCUAUUGCCACAACCCCACCGCCCGUCACCGAACCACCAAUUGACUUAGCAGAGAAGUGUGAUCCCGCAAACUGUCAGUUACCUUAUUGUUUUUGUUCAAGAGAUGGUACGAUAAUUCCUGGUGGUCUUCACCCAGAAGAAACACCACAAAUGAUAAUAAUGACAUUCGAUGGAGCAAUUAAUCACAAUAACUUUGAUCAUUAUCAAAAAAUAUUUGCCACUAAUCGAUUAAAUCCAAACAACUGUCCUUUGAAAGGAACAUUCUUUAUCUCUCAUGAAUAUUGUAAUUACAAUAUGGUACAAAGUUUAGCACACGAUGGACAUGAAAUUGCUACUGAGACUAUAUCACUACAAAAGGGAUUAGAAGAUAAAGGAUAUGAAGAAUGGGUUGGAGAAAUGAUAGGAAUGCGAGAGAUACUUAAGCAUUUUAGUAAUAUUUCAAUAAGUGAAAUUGUAGGCAUGAGAGCUCCAUAUUUAAAACCAGGUCGAAAUACUCAGUACAAAGUAUUGGAAGAUUUUGGAUACAUAUAUGAUAGCAGUAUCGGAAUUUCUCCAUUAAAAGUACCAAUUUGGCCAUACACUCUCGAUUAUAAGAUUCCACAUGAAUGUAAAGCAGGCACAUGUCCUACUAAAUCAUUUCAAGGAGUAUGGCAGUUACCACUGAAUGCACAUUAUGUUGAAAGCUAUGAAGGAGGACAUUGUCCAUAUUUGGAUCAAUGUGUGCUUCACAAUCAUGAUCCUGAAGAAGUUUUUGAGUGGUUACAAGAAGAUUUUAAUCGUUAUUACGAACAAAAUAGAGCACCAUACAUGAUGCCAUUUCAUACUAACUGGUUCCAAAUAAAGGAACUUGAACGUGGACUGUCAAAGUUCCUUGAUUGGGCAGUAACGCUAUCCGAUGUAUACUUUGUAACAGCUACUCAAGCACUUACAUGGAUAACUGAUCCAAAACCAAUAAAAUCUCUGAAUAAUUUUGAAGGAUGGUCAUGUAAAAAGAAAGAAAAUCUUCCUGGACCACCGUGUAACAAUCCAAAUAAAUGUGCUUUAGAUUUCAAACCUACAGAAUCAAAUUUCACUACAACAAGGUAUUUAGAAACAUGCAGGGAAUGUCCUAAUAAAUAUCCCUGGUUGGGAGAUUCAAAAGGAACUGGACUGUACAAUGAUAAUUAUAAUCCUGAAAAGAAAUAGAAAUGUUCAAAAUCUAGAAUGAUAAUUAGAAAGAAUUUAAUUAAUUCUCAUUUGUUGUUGUUUAUAUAAAUAACAUUUAUAAUAAACGUAAAAUCUUUUUACUUGGAAGCAGUUCAAGGCAAUAUACAAUAUACGUAUAUAAAAAUGAAAAAUAUAUUAAAGAG